AUGUUUUAUAUACGGAGUGAAAAGGCUCUUUCAUCACAAAUGGAAACUAUAUUAGACAAUGAGGAAAAACAACAACAAAUAACAACAGAUAAUACUAAUGCAAUAGGAGGAGGAAAUUUUUGGAAUAGUGAUGAAACAUAUGAAGAUUAUUAUAAUGAAGCAAUUGUUAAGCGUAGUGGCCAUGAUUGUCCAUAUUCAUUACGUCUUAUGGCAUGUUUACUUCUUUAUGAAAUAACAUCAUUUUUAUGUGAAACAUAUGAUACAUUACCUAAAUUAUCAACAAUUUCUUCAACAAACGUUAAUUUUCGUCAGCAACAACGUUCAACAAAUCAAACAACAAGUCCACCACAAACUAUUGUUGAAACAUCAUCAACAUUAACUGAUAAACGUUCAAGUGAUUGUAUACGUAUGGGUAGUAUUGUUUCACAAAUAUCAAAUAGAAGUUCUGUAUCAGUAUCAAGUGAACAUCCAGCUCUUUCGCCACAAGCAUCAUCAACAACAGCUCCACCUAUUUUAAAUACAGUACCAGCAACUAUAAUUAAUAUGAGUUCAACAUUACCUAAUUAA